GCUGGCUGCAAACUGGAAACGCGGUUGCCCUGCCGGCUUUUUCUGUUUGUUGUGGUUUGUGCGGACUGAGAAUGGACGUGUUCUUGCUUGCGAUGAACGUCCUGUAUUGUCAGCCCUUCAUCGGAAUCGAAAACAGUUUGGAGCUUUUCAUAUUAGCGAAUCAUCGCCGCGAGUAGCUGCGCUGCCUCGUCGGGGGAAAGCAGAGGUAGAAAAUGAGUGGACACUAAGGAAUCUGAGCAAUGUCAUUGGAAUCAAAGACGGCUGUGGAGAGCUUUUCACGCUCCCUCGCAGAACUAACUGUGAACAGCAAGCCUCACAUUAAUUUCUUAACUCUGGUUGCUCAACAAAAUUCAUAUCAAGCAGAGGCCAUUGUACAAACAGUUCAUGAUCAACUUAUCAAGACUUCUUGUCUUACAAAACUCCCCAUCCUGUACCUCAUCGACUCUAUUAUGAAAAAUGUGGGAAAGGAAUACAUUGACCUGUUCAGUCCUGUUCUUGUUAGUAACUUUGCUAACAUUUAUGCAGAGGUUGAUAAAUCUACUCAGCAGUUAAUGGGUUUUUUGAGACAAACUUGGAAUGGAAUUAUUUCACCAACAGAUUUGGCAAAACUUGAUGUACAUGUUCAUACUCUUGAUCAGCAAUGGGAAGUGCCUUCUGACACUUUGAAGAACACUACUAUUAAAAUACUGCUAAACCCCAAUUUUUUGCCUCAGAAGAUUCCAAGGAGAGAUUCUAGUCAAGAGGAGCCUGCUAAAACUAAUCCAGUGCAGGAGCCUGAUAAUGAAAUUGAUGAGGCAGAAAUUUUACGCGAACAGUUACUUCUUCAAAAGAAACAGCGAGAACUUGAAAAAAGGAGAGCGCUUGUUGAAAAGGGCUCUGAAACCAAUAAUGAGAACCCAUUAUGUAAGGAGGUGAUUGAAGGAAGUGCGGAAGCCCCCAUCACGAUUGACCUGGAGAGCCAAGUGGACUCAACCACAGUUGAUACAUAUCCUGAACCGUCUUCUACCUCAUCAGUGUCGCCAUCUCUUGAUAAACCUGGUGAACUUUUGGAAUUGCUCACGGAUCUGAUAGCCAAACAAAAUCAAAAGACUGAGAAGCAUCCUAUUGAAACACCAAAGAACAAAGAAUCUCGGAGGGCAGAAAGAUAUUCUGAGAGAUAUUCUGAGAGAUAUCUUAGAAGAAGGUCUUACAAAAGUAGCCAUAAGUAUCCUAGAAAUAAGUCUGAAAAUAGGAGUCAUGAUGAUAAAUAUUUUAAACAAAGAGAUGAAAGAAACAAGUACAAGUACAUUUGUUCCAAAAAAGUACCUGAAUGUAAGUUUAUGUCAAAAGAUGACCAAUGCAACCAAUCUUCGACAACACCUUCUCCUCCGAGAAGAAAUGAGGAUAUAAAUCAGUGCAAAGGAAAGGAACGCAGAGAUUCAAUGUGUAGUGAUGAUUCAGACUCUCUGAUCCCUGCAACCAACCGCACAUCAGCUGCUCUCUCUUCAAAGGGGAACAGUGUUUCACCCCAACCAUGCAUGGCCUUGUCCAAUUUUAAUCCUUGCCACUCAACAUCGCCUGAACAAAAACAGGUGCCGCCUGAUUGCAUCUCUCAAACCAAAACUCUAAUUGACUUUUUGAAUACCCCUGGUCAAAAGAAAAACAUAACUCACAAUUCAAGAGGAUACAAAAAGCCACUUCUUCCAACGCCUAUUUCUCCUGCUUUAAUUUUGGAAUCCACUGCUAAUAAGGAGCAGGAAAUAAAACUUCAAAAGGAAAUAGAUUAUAACCAUGGAUAUGGUCCGGAGAACAAGUUGUUAAUGGAACCGCCAAGUAGCAGUCAUCAAUUUGUGAAUCAUCAGCCAAUUCUUCCCCCUCCAUUGCCUCCUGCAAGCAGUUAUGUUCUAGGAAAAAUUGUCGAAGAUACUGUGAAAACUAUUCUUGUAGACAAUGUAACCAAAGAAGUACAAUUUUAUGGAGAAAUUGCUGUUAUCGAUUCUGGUGAAUCGAUACCCAGAGAAAUAAUGUUUAGGCCAGGGGAAGCCUCUUUUAGUAUAAAUGGGGUCGUUGUUCGCAGCACAUUUGAUCAACCUGAAACAAAAGUUUACAUUGGACAUCAAAUAUUUCGGGUUCACUUUGGAGCACCAACACGAGAACUUUAUGUCAAUGAUGAAGCAUUUCAAUGCCAAUUUAAUUUUCCUCCAGAACAAAUACAAUUGUCCUCUGGGGAAGUUCUCAGUGUGCAGCUGUUCUCAGAAGCUACUCCCUUAGUGCAGCUAGGUUCCAUUCGCCGUGACUUGGUAGCAGGCCAUGUGAUUCUUACAAUUGACUCAUUGACUCAGAUUCGCAUUCUAUUGCAUGCCAAACCCCAAAGGUUUGACAUUGAUGGGGUUCCACACGUUUUGAAAUUUGCUGAUGCCCUUCAAACCAUCUUCAUUAAUGAUUGCUCAGUAGAUUUAAAUUUUGGUGGGCCUCCUCUCCUGCUAAAUGUCAAUGGUGCAAAGCAUCUCAUUCAACUUUCACACCUUCCUUGUAAUAUCAUUCCUGGAGAGGUGAACAUUACUAGUAUGGCUCAAACAGGAAACAGGCCUUACACUAUUCCACAAGGUUUGUGUCAUGACCCAUUCAUGCUCAGUUUUAAUGCUCCUGAAGUCUCACCAAUGGAAUCCAACUCUUUCGAGAGAGAAAAAAGAAGACCAAAAUUAAGAAACUGUGAUAGGUCUAAAAAGCGCAAAACUAGUUCCCUACCAAGCACAAGAUCUGGAGAAUCAAACAAGUCUAAUCUACCUGGCAAUGAUCCUCCAGCCUAUUACCCAAACACUAACAUUCAUAGUCUCUUCCAAAGCCUUUGUGAUGUUGGUCUCUUGAUACCAAGGAGCCAACUUAAUAAUGACCCUGAGAAAGUUCAAUCCUCUGAUGUAGAAGUUCACAUUGUUAAUUUUGAAGACUUAUCAUCACUAAAAAGGAAGCAGCCUGGCAUGAUUGAAAUACUCUACUCGGGUAUUCAGUGCAACUCAUGUGGUGUCAGGUUCCCUCCAGAGUUGACAGACACAUACAGGCAACAUUUGGACUGGCACUUCAAAAAAAAUCACAAUGUCAGAAACACUCCUCUUUCCAGACCUUGGUACUGCGAGAAGCAGAGUUGGGUUCAGUCUGAGGGUCAUAGUGAUACUAUGGACAUAGAGGAUUGUCCAACUAGCAAAGAGCUUGACAACAGUCCAACAGAGAUUGUCAGCGUCCCCUCACAUGGUUUCCCUCAAGGGACAGUUUGUGAAAUGUGUGGUGAUAUGUUUGAUGAUUUUUUUAACGAAGAUCAGGAUGAGUGGCACCUAAAGGACUGUGUUUUGUUUGAGGAGAAGCUGUACCACCCUGCCUGUUUGAACGACCGUCAGGCAUCGCCAAUCAUUGGUUCUGUGGUGGAAAUCAUGAUGAAUGGUGAUGAAACUGUACCUGAACAAAUCGAAACUGGUGAUGAAGGCAUCGCUGACAGCCCCAUCCUCCAAAGGGAAGAAGAAGUUUCGAAAGCUGAAUCUCAAGUAGGAAUAGAACUAGUAAUAAAAAGUAUUGAAAAUAAAGCUAGUGGCUGUGUGGAAGCAGCAACUUUUUCUUGUGCUAGUGCCACUGACAUGCCUGUUUCAAGUCCCACUGACGUCUGUGAUAAUGUAACUAAUGUACAAAAUAGUAUUCCAAUUGAUGAUGAAAGAAAGUUACUUCCCACAUCUCCAGAUGUGGAAAUAAUGUGCCUCAAGCCAAAGUUGGUCGGGCGAAAAUUAAGGCAACUUCCUCCGACUAAUAAAGGAUCUGAUACAUCAAAUAUGUGUAGUGUGUCAUAGCCGUUUCAGUUGUUUUCAGAAACAGGUACUGACCCGUCUACCCAUUGUUCCCUGUAAUGAAAAAGGUUUGACCCCUUUCAUCCGUGAUGUGCCCUGCAAACGAAGUUGAAUUUGAAUCGCCCCUUAAUGACUGUUUGAUUUUAAUGGAUUUAAAAUCAUAAGAAUUGGAAUUUUUUUUAUUGUUUUGCCUUUUUUUUUCUUCAUUUGACACUAUUCAGAGGUCCUUGUAAUCUCUGUGUUUUGGAUUUAAAUAAAGGACGAAGGUGCAAAGAA